AUGUUUUUCAUAUUGACGAUCAAUCUUCCAACUCAUAGAAUUUGUUCGCGAGAUGAAAAUGGAAGUGUUACUUUCUGCCGUAUGGAAGAAUGGGACCCUACGUUGUCUCAAAUUCCUUGCCAAUAUCUUCCUCCGAGAUAUGUCGAAUGCAUUACACACUCCUUCGAUAAAUUUGCAAAUCAAUUCGAAAAUGGAACACUACCUAAAAAUGGAUGUCCUUCAACAACAGAUGAAAACGCAUUUGGAAUGGCAAUUUGUCAUCCAUUAAAUGGAAUUUAUUGUAUUGGAGAACAAUAUUGGAUCAACAAAACCUAUCCAUGUUACGAACCAGGCGAAAAAUCAGUAGUUACGGCGAUAUUAUUUUCAUUCCUGUUAGGAAUAUUUGGUGUCGACAGAUUUUACUUAGGAUAUUACUUCUUAGGCUUUUUAAAGUUGUUUACGCUUGGAGGUUUCACUCUUUGGUGGGUAAUUGAUUUUAUUCUAUUAUCGUUCGGUGUCUGGGGUCCAGUUAACGGAAAUUACGUCGGAUUCUACUGA